GCAUGGUAUGAAUAUACUCGAUACGGAAAUGAGCGUAACCCGGGCCUGCGGAAGGAAAUUUCUGAUUACUGCCCUAAUCCUUGUUAUGGGAAGCCGUGCCUGAGAGUGACCGGGGUCACGGAUGGAUACGCAUGUGAAAUUCACGGACCUUUCGAAGAUGAUUAUUCUUGUCUUUGUGACGAAAACCGUUUUUGGGAUGGAGCUCUCAAGCAGUGCACCUGGGUGAGUCCAUGUGCAAAUGAGCAAUUCCCAGCGUGUGUACCCCAGAAUACACAACGAUGUCUCGCAUCCGAUUCAUUCAAUGCAAUAUGUAUUUGCAAAGCGGAGUUUAUGGGCCCAGACUGCUCUCUGCCACGAGAUGCUUGUAGACAAUCCAGUGACCCG